UUGAGAGAGUCGGUCAGGGAUGAAAGGAACCUUCUAAAACUUUGAUUGAUUUCUAGCCCUAACCCUAAUUUUCUUGUCAAUUUCCGGCAAAAUUGGAGAUUUGAGCUGAGGACUGCAGAGUGGUUCUCGCAGCGAUGGACGCAAAAGCUUUGGCUAAAUCCAAGAGAGCUCACUCUCUCCACCACAGCAAGAAAUCCCACCCCCAUCCCAAACCUAAGCCCGCCACAGAUCGCUUCUCCGGUGCCGGGGGUUCGAAAGGUGCGUCGGAGAAGCCGGCGCAGCUCCGCCAACCCCGAGCCACCCCCGCCCUCCCAUCGAAUCGGGACCGUUACGAGGAGGAACUUGAUUCUGUUGUGCAAACGCCGGGCGGUGAAGUUUCAACUCAGUCAUCCGAGCUACCGCUGCCCAAAAGCAAGGGUGCUGACUACAGGCACCUGAUCACUGAGGCCAAGGCUCAGCCUCCCUCGCAUUCCGAUCCGUACUUUGACAGCUUUCCGUCCAUGGAUGACGUUUUGCCUGAUUUCUUUUAUAAAGGAGCAGGUCCUUUACUAUCAGCUCGAGGAGAGGCCAUCGUUUUGAUGACUGAAGAUGAUAGUUUCCUUGUAGAGGAUAAAGCAACUGGUAGUCACGAGGUGUCUCUCCUGUCCUUGAACUUGAAUGUGCUCGCUGAACAACUUGCGAAAGUCGACUUGACAAAGAGGCUUUUUAUCGAAGAAGAUCUGUUGCCACCAGAAUUGCUCAGAGAGGGAUUAGCUUCAUCCAUUGGCAAAGAACCGGAGCAGUUCCAAACAGGCAAGACUGGAGCUGUUUCGAAACGUUUGGGUAACUUCAACUUGAAGGAUUUUACUGAGCAAGAAACUAAAGAGGAUAAAAGUAUAUGGGGCAGCAGGGCCAAAGAUCCGAACUUUGCAGUCAAUAGAUUGGCUGUUGAUAUCAGGCAACUUGAGCCUCCUAAGCAAAGCACUUCUCUAGAGUCCACUGAGCAGUCCCCUGCAAAGACUCUGGCUGAGCUGAAGUGUGAACCCUCCACGUUCAAGGCUGCAGCUGCAGAGGCUGAGCUAGAUGCCCUCCUUGAUUCCUUUAAUGAUACGAAGCUAACUGAUAAAUCUGACUUUACUACGAGUAGAUCUGCUCAUAAAUUUGAAGAGAAGAGUUCAAAGACUUCCCACCAAGUUUCAAGUAAAGGAUGGGAAUCCUCCGAGACGUUGCCUGCUCCUAAUUCUGCCAACAUUGAUGUUGUUCUUGGUGACUUGCUUGAAGAAACAUCGAAAUUGACAAAACAAAACGGUUUACGUGGAGCUGAGUCAUCAGUCCCAAGUGCUAGUGCUAGCUCAAAGGUGUUGGAUGAUUUUGACUCGUGGUUAGAUACAAUUUGAACUUUUUACACAGCAAUAUCAAAUACGCGCUUGUUGGCAUGAUGUCCAAAGAUCGUUACUCAUUCCCCAAAUGCAUUAAGUUGGUUUUGGUUUUUUAGCAAGA